AAGUGUAUGGAGCUGGACCAUCCAGAAUGGUAGCCACUAGGCACUUGUGGCUAUUUACUUAUUUAUAUUUGUUUAUUUUUAGAGAUGGGGGGUCACACUAUGUUGCCCAGGCUGGAGUGCAGCGGCUUUUCACAGGUGCAUUCUUAGUGCACGACAGCCCAGGACUCCUGGGCUCAAGCAGUCUUCUGACCUCAGCCCCCUGAGUUGCUGGAACUAUAGGCAUAUGCACCUCUGCAUCCAGCACAUGUGGUGAUUUAAAUUUACAAUUUAAUUAAUUAAAAAUUAAUAAACUCAGUUCCUCAGCUGCACUGGCCCCAUUUGCAUGCUCAUUAGUUCAUGGCUUGUCUUGCUGGACAGCACAGAUGGAGAACGUUUCCAUGACUGCAGAAAGUUCCAGUGCAGAGCGCUGGCAGAGAUGACGGUGGGAGGAGCAGGGCUCCCGCUAACACCCUUUUGCCCCAUUCCUCAGAAGCCCACCACAGGCCUGUUGGCCAUCACGCUGGCCCUCCACCUCUGUGACUUGGUGCACAUUGCCGGCUUCGGCUACCCAGAUGCCUACAACAAGAAGCAGACCAUUCACUACUAUGAGCAGAUCACGCUCAAGUCCAUGGCGGGGUCAGGCCAUAAUGUCUCCCAAGAGGCCCUGGCCAUUAAGCGGAUGCUGGAGAUGGGAGCCGUCAAGAACCUCACGUCCUUCUGACCUGGGCAAGAGUUGUAGCCUGGGCAAGAGUUGCACUCCAGCCUUCUGACCUGGGCAAGAGUUGCACUCCAGCCUGGGCAACAUAGUGAGACCCCCCCAUCUCUAAAAAUAAACAAAUAUAAAUAAGUAAAUAGCCACAUGUGCCUAGUGGCUACCAUUCUGGAUGGUCCAGCUCCAUACACUUGGGGGGAGGCCUGGGGCCUCUAGAGAUAAGACUAACGAUGAGAAUGACCAUCAUCAUCGUCCUAUCAGCUACCUUUUACACACUAUGUGCCAGACACUAUGUUUAGUAUUUUACCUACCUACCAUAAGACAUUAUCUCAUCCAGUCUCACAAAAACACUUGGAGGUACAUAUUAUCAGCCCCCUUUUACAGAUGAGAAAACCGGGGCUUACAAAAGCGUUAAGCAACUCAUUCAAAGGAAAGGAAGUGUUCUGCUCUCCUCCUUGGAGAGCCUGACCUCAUUUAGAAGACCUGGGGGCUCUGAGAUGCACUAGCUGUGCGACCCUCUAUGGGGGUGGCACUCUUUUUUUUUUUUUUUUUUAUGGAGAUGGGGUUUCACCAUGUUGCCCAGGCUGAUCUCGAACUCCCAGGCUCGAGCGAUCUGCCCACUUUGCCUCCCAAAGUGCUGGGAUUACAGGCAUGAGCCACCGUGCCUGGCCUCUCCUUCUUUAAAGCAGGACAGCAGCACCUUUCCCAUCCACCUUCCUGGCUGCUCUAAGGACCUCACUUGCUCAUGCCUAGUUCAUCCAUGGUGAUGGGCAGCCCGAUAUUCUCACUUCUCCAACCUCGCCUUCCUCAGCUUCAGCAACCUGCUUUGCACACAAUUUCAGCUGCCCAUACCCAUUUGGGAGCCAUUCCUGGACCUCAUCAGGCCUGUUGACACGCCAGCUUUCUCCCUCUCGGAGCUCUCCUGCCUUCUCACUUUCCACUCCCUGGCUGGGCCUUCUUUUUCCACCUUUGUUGCUUUCACCACCAGUGUGUCAUCUCAUCCAGUUGGGCUGACAUACUUCCAUGGCCUUCUAGCCAGCUCUGCCUGGUCACAGGCUCCUCACACUCACCAAAUUCCUCCUCUUCCUGGCACUCUAUUAGUUAAAUAUGUUACCAUCUCCAAUGCUGUCCAAACUAGAAACCCAGAAUUGGUCAGAAAUCUCUCAAUUCCACUUGUAAAAUAUAUCAGGCAGAAUCGUAAGAGAACCCCAGUGACCCUAACCCUCAUGUAAUCUCCUCCCUUGCGCGUGUGGGGAGCCCGUGAAUAUGAUGCGAUUACGUGACGUUACUUUAUAUGGCACAGUUGAACAGAAGAGGAGAGGCUGUCCUGCUGGGCUUGACCUAAUUUACCUGAAGGUUUAAAUCCGGGUGUCAAGACCAGAAGCAGAGAAGGUCAGAGAUCUGAAGCACAGAAAGGAUCUACUAUGCCAUCGCUGGCUUGAAGAUAGAGGCUGUACGGCAAGAAAUGUGGGCCACCUCUAAGAGCUGAGCAUGGCCCCCAGCCUCCAGCUGACAGCCAGCAAGGAAAUAGGGAUCUCAGUUCUACAAUUGCAGGAACCAAAUUAUUUCAACCACAAGAAUGAACCUGGAAGCAAAAUUUUCCCCUAAGCUUCCAGAUGAGAACUGGUUUGUCUGGUUGACAAACCGAGUCCAGCCUUGUGAUAGCCUAAACAGAGAACCAGCCACACCCUGCUGUUCUGAUCUACAGGACUAUGAGCCAGUACAUGGGUACUGUUUUAGCCCGCUAAACUUGUGGUAUUAGUUAAGGAGCAAUGGAAAGCUAAUACAGGCUGGGUGCAGUGGCUCACACCUGUAAUCCCAGCAUUUUGGGAGGCUGAGGCGGGUAGAUCACCUGAGGUCAGGAGUUCGAGACCAGCCUGGCCAACAU